UAUGAAAUGUUAUACGGUGUGUAAAACGAUUGGAAAGCGAAAUAGGAGAGCGGUCGUGCCGUAUCCUGCUAAGCGCACAAACCUCCCGAUCGUUUAUUUGUUCCUCAGUGAUUAGAGCGACGAAGUAACCUGAGAAUCUUCCACCGAAAGGUUGAAGUGAACCGCCCGCUCCUCGACUAGAGUGUCCAUUUCGUGCAAAUGAAAUCUAUCGAACGUGCAUCGCGCCACCAGCGGAUCCAUAAUUAUCGAUACUCGAGUGGUGGUACAGUGGCGCGUGUGGAUGGCAGUGAUAAUGAUAGGCGGUGAUGUUGUUGAAGUGACGCCCACUUGUGCUACAUACUGCUAACAAUUACAGGGACAAGAAUAGCAUAAUAUCUCGUUUCACUAUACGUCAAUGGCCAUUCAAAUGCCCUACCAAUGCACAGUGUAGAGUGCUGUAUGAAUUGAAACAUUAUUGAAGCGCGUGAAACGUAGCGCAACAGAAAAAGGCAGCAGUGUUUUAAGAAUUCCACAGGAUAGAUAAUUACUUUUUAUAUAUUAAUGCCAUCAUCAUAACAACAAGACACAAUGAAUAGCAGCAUAUCCUUCGGUGCGUCGUUGCUGGUGCUCGUGCUGGUGACACUGCUCGCACUGACCACGCCAACCGACGCCAGGAAGUGUCCCAAGGACUGCCACUGUGAUCUUGAUCAAAAGGGACGAUACAGGGCCAUCUGCAGCAAAGUGGAAUGGAUAGCACCACCGACGACAGAGUUCGAUCAGGAGCUGGAGGUGCUCAUCAUCAACAACGCGCGCCAUCCGCUGGUCGUCGGACCGACGUUCCAGUUCUUCACCAAGCUCGAGGUGCUGCGAGUCGUCGAUUCCAAUGUGCCCUCGAUCGGUGAUCGCUCGUUCUGGGGUUUGGUGCGGCUGAAAACGAUCGAUCUGUCACGCAACAACAUCACCCAGCUUUCGAUGGAGAAUUUCCGCGGCCAGGACAAUCUCAUCGAGCUCGAUCUGUCGCGCAAUCGGUUGGAGCGAGUGGCGAGCGGUACAUUUGUCCAUUUGAAGGAAUUGAAAACACUGCACAUGAUAGACAGCUCGAUCAACGAGCUCAACACGCGACUCUUCCUGCAUCUGGCAAAGCUGAAGUACCUCGAUCUCAGCAUGAACUCCAUCGAGGAUCUGGCACCCGAAGUGUUCAAAGAUGUACAGGAUUUAAAGGUGUUUAAAGUGCGUGGAUGCCGACUGUCCAACGUGAACCCGCAGAUCUACAACAUCCUUUCCCACCUAACCGAGCUGGAUCUGGGCCAGAAUCAGUUCAAAUUCCUAGAUAAGGAAGAAUUCAAGGACCUUCGCCAUCUGCGGAAGCUGCGCCUCGACGGCAACCAGCUGUCGGUGAUCGUGGACGAGCUGUUCCUCCACCAGAAGGGUCUAACCUUCCUCGACAUCUCUCGGAACCGGCUGGCCAAGAUAGCGGACCGAGCGUUCGAGAAUCUCGUCAACCUGACCUUUCUCGACGUCUCCUACAACAAACUGUCCCACAUCGAGCCGGUGUGCUUGCGGCCCUUGCGCAACCUGCAGACGCUCAACAUCAGCGGCAAUCUGGCGCUCGAUUUGACCGAGAUGGAGGACACGAUACAGACCGUAAAGGACAUUUCCUCGCUCGUCGUUGCCGACCUCGGUUCGCUUCCGCUGAACCUGUUCACCCCGUUCAAGCGGCUAACCGCACUGAAUCUGUCCGGGAAUCACAUCGAUAACAUCACCAUACAAAUCAUCGAACCAUUGGCCCAGCUGGAGUUUCUCGAUCUAUCCCGGAAUCAGCUGAACGGGAUCCCGGAACGGUACGCCGCCCAGUUGUCGCGCAUCGCGGACGUCAAGCUGGAGGGCAACCCACUGAUCUGCGACUGGUGCCACAUGGGACCGCUCAUCAUGAAGGCUAAAAAGCUUCCGGAGGGAUUACCCUGGCAGGAGGUGCCUCGAUGCUUUCUACCGGAGCGUUUGCGUGAGGUGCGGAUCGAUGGGCUCGACCAAGAUGGCGUCGAGGAUUGUAUGGAGGUGAUCGUGGACGAGGAUCACGAUGCGGCCAGCACGUCACACAACUUCCUCGAGCAAGCAGGUAGUGUGAGUAUACUGGCGUUCUUUGGAUUGAUCGUCCUAAUCCUGCUGACCACCAUCGUCGUAUCGACGGCGCUCUGCCUCUCGAGGCACCGGGCACGGUACUACACCCACGAAGACAAACGAGAUGCCAUCCUGGAGAAGCACACGGAAACGCCGGUGUUGACGUCCGGGAGUGAGAUCAACUUUAAGUUCCCGUACAACGAGCGUGUCUGCACGAUCGACGAGAUGUGCCUGCCGGCACCACCGCCACCACCCGGCAAGCUGGCCCCUGCCGUCAUCGAGCGAUUCGAUUAACGAACGGAGCCGGCGGCAGUCCGGCACGGUGCGGACGGGCUGCUGCUAACGCCCGGCAAAGCUCACCCGAGGCGACCAUCGUCAUCGGCGGCCGUCGUCGUCGAGGCGGUAGCGCUGGUCGAGCUGAACGGUGAACCGGACAAACAACAGCCCGGCCAGGACACAGCCACCACGGAUACGACGACCAAGGCUGCCACCGUCACCAUCAGCAGCAUAUCGGGCGCUGGUUCGGUGGUAAGCACCGGUGUCCAGCCCUUCACCCCGAAAAGUAUCCUUAGGAAGAAGACCUAAGACCCCAUACGGAACACAUACAAACACCCCGUGGCUCGCCACGGUACGCAGUGUAAAUAGUUUUGAACGGAUCGGGCCCCGAAUGCGGUGUCCUUUCCGUGAUCGAAUUUUAACUCGUAAGAAUCUAAUUAACGGUGUACAGUGUGUGCCGACAGCGCCCCGCGGAGUUUUGGGCCAGCGUGGCCUCACCGCGCGAUCUGUAAAUACACUUCUCCCAUCCCCUCACUCUCUUCCACAUCAUACAACCAAUUUGCCACCGAGUGCCACCUCGAACCACGGCGCCACUGCUCGCACCGCCACCAUGACAUGGGAGAAA